CCUUUCUUUGAUGUUUCAUCUCCCCCAGCACUGACAUCUGUCCGCAAUAUUUAUUUAUCUUUUGUUGUUGUUGUUGUUGUUGUUGUUGGUGAGGAGGAGAGAGAGCGAGAGAGAGAGAGCGAAAAAGGACCAUGGAAGAAGCUGUAGCCCCUCACGUUGACAUCGACCCGGAUUUCGAGCCGCAGAGCCGGCCCAGAUCGUGCACCUGGCCGCUCCCUCGGCCCGAGUUCCCCGUGGCCGAAGGCAAGGGAGAAGAAAGCGCCUCGCACAACGAACCGGCCGCGGCGACCGAGAGCGGCGGCGGCAGCGGCGGCGGCGGCGGCGGGGUCAAGGCAGAGGCGAAGGCGCUCGCCGCCACCCACUCCCCCCUCCGCCUCAGCGAGUGCAGCCAGCACCGCAAGAAAUCUUCUCGCAGAAAUGCAUGGGGCAACCUGUCGUACGCAGACCUGAUCACCAAAGCCAUCGAGAGCUCACCCGAGAAGAGACUGACACUGUCACAGAUCUACGACUGGAUGGUUCGCCACGUCCCCUAUUUCAAAGAUAAAGGGGACAGUAACAGCUCCGCCGGCUGGAAGAACUCAAUCCGGCACAACCUCUCCCUGCAUAGCAGGUUUAUACGAGUACAGAAUGAAGGCACAGGCAAGAGCUCUUGGUGGAUGUUAAAUCCUGAUGGAGGGAAAACUGGAAAAUCUCCCAGGAGACGGGCAGUUUCCAUGGACAGCAACAGUAAGUACCUAAAGAGCAAGAGAGGGGCAAACAAGAAGAAAGCCACCCUGCAGGCAACACAGGAGGGAAAUGAAGGCAGCCCUUCAUCACAACAUACAAAGUGGUCGGGCAGUCCUAGCUCUCACGCCAGCGAUGAAUUUGAUGCGUGGACUGACUUCAGGUCACGUGCAAACUCAGCAGCAAGCACUCUGAGUGGUCGAUUAUCUCCCAUAAUGGCCAAUUCUGAAUUAGAUGAACUUGAAGAUGAUGACAGGACUCCAUCUUCUCCAUUACUCUACCCCAGUCCCUCGAAUACCUUAUCACCAUCUGUAAGUACAAGGCGCACUGUGGAACUUCCCAGGUUGGCUGAUAUGGCCAGCACAAUUAACUUGAAUGAGGGACUAACAGAGAAUCUUCUCGAGGACUUGCAGGACAAUUACAACAUGAGCCCAUCGCAGCAAAUUCCUUCAGGGUGCCUGAGACAGAGAAGCUCCAGCUUCUCAUUUGGAUCCAAGUGUUCAACUCGUGGAAGUCAAACUAGUACAUACAGUGCCACCAUGUACAGCCAACCACCCAUGACGAUGUUGCGUCAUUCACCCAUGCAGACUAUUCAGGAAAACAAACAAGUCACAUUUUCAACAAUCAACCACUAUGGGAAUCGUAUGUUGCAAGACCUUUUGACCCCAGAGUCACUACGACACAAAGAAGUCAUGAUGACUCAGACGGACCCUCUGAUGCCACAGGCCAAUACAGUUGUGGCAUCACAAAACCAGAGACAAAUGGUGAUGUGUUCUGAUCCGGCAAUAUCACCAUUCAAUGCCCAGUCACCUAGAUUAAUGAAUAGUAAUCCAUUUCAUCACCCAUCAACAGCGCAGCAGAAUUCUGCUGUCAACAAUGGUGCCUUAUCCAAUCCCAUUGGCCUUAUGCACAUGCACUCUGAUGCUGGUAACAUCAACUCUGUCGCACACCAUCUCCAAAACCAGCUUCACUCGCUCGCUAGUCAUGGGAUGCAAAUGGAAGCAUCGGACUCAAGGUUGAGCUCUUGUCCAGGAGGAAUUAAUAUUUCCACCAUGAGUCAAGAUAAGUUCCCCACUGACCUUGACCUAGACAUGUUUCACGGCAGUUUGGAGUGUGAUGUGGAAUCUAUCAUUCUUAAUGAAUUCAUGGAUAGCGAAGAGCUUGAUUUCAAUUUUGACUGUGCUAUGCCAACUCAAAGUGUUGGCAUUAACAUGGCUACCCUUCCCACUGCUCCACAGACCACGAAUCAGAGUUGGGUGCCAGGGUGAAGUCGAGUUACAAUGUUCAGUAUCAUGGGAUGAAAAUUGGUUCCAUAAAAGCUCUAAGACCAGACCAAAUUAACAUUUGUCUUCUUAGGAAGCACAUACUUGAAAACAGAAAGAUUUGUUUUGUUUCCUUUACCUGGGAUGUACUUAGAAAUAUAAUCAAAAAAGGCAAUAAUGUGUUCUUUGUUAAAAUAACUGUUAUGCCAAUUAAAGUGACAUCAUUUUUACUUCUGGAAAUUAGUCUGCAAAUCCCGUACGUUAUGAUCAUGUUCUCAGCACAGUUGAUUCAUUUAGUGGGUCUGUGCAAUGUAAGGUAGAUGGAACUCAACAAAAUAGUUCUGAAAUUAACGCCUUAAUCUAGUUUCUCUGAUAAGUGAAAUAAUUUUAAAUAGGUUACCUUUUCCUAUUUGUAAAUCUGGCAUAGUCUCUCAGAAUAUAAUCCUUCGCAUUUUUAAGUAAGGUUUACUCUGAGUGUUAUGUGGGAGGAAUAUCUUCUGUGCACCAUGUAACAAAACCCAUUCUCUAUAAAAAUGUUGAUGAUUCCAUUAUAGAAUACACGUUGAUGAACUCAUCCCCUGCAGUGACUGAAACUUUCAUUAUUGCAGGCUGGUAUCUUACUGAUUAUUCCAAUUCUCUUGAAUAACCAACACAAGAAUACCAUAAUUGAACUUUGACUUUGGACAGAGAUUGGAGGAAGCAGUAGCCAUCAGAAAGCUGUAGUAAAGGGUUGCAACAGGUGAAAUACUCCUUUCCAAGAGACAAGCCCCAUUUUAUUUAAUCACACCCCUGAAUCUACACCAGUCUCCCUUGAAACCAGAUGUUAAUUUGGUCUGGGCCAGAAUAAUUUCCUGCUCAGUCUUGGGUUUGCAUUAAAAUCACCAAAGCUUUUUUUUUAUGAGCGUGUUUAUAACAACUGAAGGCAUUUUAAUAUAUACUUGUAUUUCUGAGAACAAGAUCAAGAGUAGGUUGGAAUGAUUUUUGACAGAGAAGGCUUUUCCUUAAACUCUGGACUGAUAAAUGGUUGGAUUUUCAGGAUGCGAAACUCCCAUACCCUCGAAAGACUUUGAUCAAAACAGUUCUUUUGAUUCGGUGGCUUACAUCUGCUGUUCGACUGCCCUCAAAUAUUACAUAACAAUGUAAUUUCUUUUUUCUUUCAUAGACAGUUAUAUUGUUACUGCUUUGGCAUUUAUCAUUAUUGUAUGCUACUUUGGUCAAAAUUGUAUUUAUUUUUAGAUUGAGGGAAAUGACAAGUUGGUAAUGUAGGUGUUCUGAGCUAAUACCACAGCCUGAAACUUUAAUUUAUGUAGUGAUUGGGGCAUUACUUUGUGAGAAUUUCUCUUGGAAUUUUGACUCUAGCCACCAUAUUUUGCCACAGAGAAUGGUGAAAUCAGGAGAUACUGUGCAAACAAUUACCUGGAGUCAAUUCUCCGAAAACCUGAAACUUUCUUUGGAAAGUGCCAUAAGUGAUAGUUAUAUAAGUUACAUAUGUAUAUUAACUUCUUUUCAAUGUAAAGCAUAUGGAUAAUUAAAAUCAGAAAAGUCCAUUCUUAAAUGUACAUACAGGUACUGUACUGUAAUUUCACUAUGUAUACUUUGAAUGUUGAUGUGAUUAAGAAUAUAAUUUCUUUUUAUUUUUCAAAUAUAAAAGAAUAUUGUACGAUAAAGGAAACCCCAGACAGCAAGUUUCUCUGUUGUUUUGUUUGAAAUUCUAUCAGUGACAGGACAAAUUCAGUUGCUUUAUUUUUUAACUACUGUAAGUUUUUAGGUUAGACAGUAAAACAGAUUCUGUUCUAGGCGCUCACACUUCAUUGGUAAUCAUGAAAUGGGCACUCCCUUGCCACAGUGCAUUUGUGGGGGUGGGAAGGGGUGUGGUAGAGGGUGUAACUCUGGAUGAUAACCUCCUGAACCUGGCCCCAGGAUUGGCUACUCAACACGUCAAGGGUUAUAGAAGGAAGUCAGAAAAGUGGAGUUGAGAUCACAACCAGAUUAGCCAUGAUCCUAUUUAAUGGCGGAGCAGGCUCGAAGGGCUGAAUAGCCUACUCCUGCUCCCUAGUCCUAAGUUCCCACAUUCCUAUGUCCAUGUCCACCAUGCCUUUGCCUGAUUGGCUUAUUUUAGACUGCCAGUCAAACAGCUUCUUUUCUCGCCAUGUCCAUUAUUUUUCAAACUAAUGAAUGACAGUUCUAGGAAAAUGAAAUAAGCACACAACGUUUUCAAUGUAAUGCCCCUAUGAUUGUUCUCCCUGGUUUGUUUGCAUCGUGUCCUGGAGAUUAAUCUUCAACUCCUGGAAACUGCAGGACAGUUUGCAAGGGUUUGCAACCUCAUGAGCAUCUCAAACCGAGGUCACAUCCCACCUUAUCUGAAGACUCCAAUUAGAUAAUGUAAUAGACGAAGACAUUAUUCGGUAAACACCAAUCUAUUCAAGCAACCAAGUACACAAAUGCAUGGAGGAAAGCCAUGACUUUUCAGGAACGUUUUUCUUUGCAUAUUAUGUUUUGCCAGUAUUGACAGACAUUUGCCUAAAUUUACCCACAGAAAAUAUGAUUAGUUAAAUGUGUAUUUCUCCCAGCUUUUGCAGCUUCAAUAAAUCUACUAAGAUAAUAUCUUCACCCUUCCCUCCUUCACGGUUGCUGAAAGCAUCAGCCAACAAAAGGGAGGUUUCAGCUGAAGCAGGUCCAUUGCACAUGGAUAAAACUGCUAAACAUGGAACUUCUUGGACCUUUUUUUUGUCUCGUAGUGGAAAAUAAAGGGGAGGUAAAUAAUCAGUGCAUUAUGCAAUGGUGUUCUCUGUCCCCACUUCAACCAAACCCCCUUGUACCCAUCACCACUCCCUGCCCAUGCCAAGGUAAAUGAACACCUAUAUUCUCAUGAGUUAUCAAAAAGUGUACAAAAGCAGUUUGACACACAGUCCAGUGACACUUGUCAUCAUGCUGUGGAACAGUUAGUGAGUGAGUGCUGAAUGGAUUUGAAAUUGGUUUCUCUAUUUUAAAUCAGAGAAUCACGGUUUGUUUUUAAGCAGGCAAUGUCUCAAUUAAAAUAGUGGAUCGAUAAAUUUCACUUUGAUGCGUUACGUGUUCAUCUGCUUCAUCGUCACAUGGUAUAUUUUCAAGUGUGUGACGGAGAUCCUAAUUCCUGGGUGGGAAAGCAGUAUAGGACUGUCCCAGCCAGGGAUCUCCAUGAGAGGGCCAGACCUCAAAUAAAUUCCACUGACCACCUGAAAUGGCUAAAAUGAGUAAGCUGGCCAGCUUUGGGCAGAUCAGAAUCGCAGGACCUGGUGGUCACCUUCUUACACUAUUGCAAGGGGCCAAUUGGGGCAAUAUCAUGGCUGGAAGGUUGGAGGAUGUGGAUGAAUCUGGAGCAGAACAGGAUCAAUGUUUUCUUCUGGAGUUGGUGGAGCACUCCUGCUCCUUCUGUCCACAAUAAAGAUAGUCUCUGCUCUGGCUUACCUUACAAGGCCUCUUCAUCUUGCCUAAUGAGCAAGUCAUUAAAAUGCCAUGCGCGACUUCUGAAUGUUGCAGCCCUCAAUCAGUAAAUACCAAUGAGCCUCCUGCCUCAGUGAGGACCUCAGUUAUCUUAAUAAAAGAGCCCGGGGUGAUGAGUAUCUGCCCGGUUAUUUUAACUGUACUCCCAACCAUUCCCGCCAAGUAGGACAGGUUAAAAGUUUCCCUGUAGCAUCUAAUGAAAUGUAAUAAAUGAAUUGGUGACAAAUGUAGGAAUAUCACCUCAUUGAAAUUUCUUUGGCUGGAAUCAAUAAUUCACAAGAUAUGAAACAUACGGUAUCAUCAGUGCUAUUACUGGGGGACUGCUAAGUUGUUGUAAGUGCUAUUUUUCACAUCGGCAUUGAACUAAGGCACCAUUUGCUUUUCUCUGGUCACUCAAGAGGAUGUCAAAGAUCCCAUGGUACUAUUUGAAGAAUAGCAUGGAAUUCUGACCAAUAUUCCUCCCUCUUCCUGUACUAUCAUAAACAGAUCAAUCUGUUGUUUGUGAGACAAUGCAAUGCGCAAAUGGGAUGCCAUGUUUGCCUAUAUAACAACAGUGACUGAACUUCAUUGGUAGUGAAUUACUAGGGAAUGUUUUGAGGAUAUAAGGUGCUAUUUAAAUGCAAGUUUUUUGCUUCAUAUCUAUACCAUCUGCUUCUGUGGUGCUGCAUAUACAUCCCACAACAAACAGCAUAGGGAAGACACACUAUUACUGUUACUGUUCUCUAUUGAAGAUUGAUGGUUCCAUAUCAGUGAAACAUCAAAGAUGAUUUAAUGCAUUGUGCAAUCCAGUGUUAUGAUCACCAACAUGUUUUUGUACUCCUUAACCCUUAGCAGACUGCCUUAUUUUGCUCAGGGUUUAGAACAUCAAUAAUCUGAAUUGUUGGAAGAGAUUUGUAUUCUGUUUAUCACAGCUAAACCAUUACAGUAAUUGUAACAAUUUAGCCUUGAUUUACGAAUACAGAUGUUCCUUCAGCAGGUUGCUACACUGCUGCUCGCUUUUAACAAUCUUGCUCUUCUGAAAUAAUUUUUUAAAAGAAUGACAGAAAUACCACCCAAAAUUACAUUAAAAAAGUUCUUCAUUAAAUAUCCUAUAAUUUUAAAGUUCCAUGCAUCCUUUUAAUUUUAAUUAGACAAUAGUGAUGAGUGCUGGGAACUUUAGCGCAUAGCAUUACCACAGACCAAACUUGUGCAUUGAAAUGGAUGCUGGGCACAUUAAACACCGGCUUUGGAGUUUGUUACAGCCAUGAAAUUUCUUUAUUUUGCCAAUAGAAGUUUUGAGUUUACAUUCAGUUACUUUCCUGUCCUCUCCUGAUUUCACAGUGGCAAAUGUGAUCAUUGACAAAUUCCUAACUAAUCAAACUGCAACUAUUAUGAAUAUGAUCCAGUAAGAACCUUUCUGAUUCAGAGUCUAAUCAAACAGACAAUAACAAUUUAACUGUGGAAAAUUAAUCAACAUUUAAAUAUAAGCCCCACGGAUUUUUUUAUAGAAAGCUGUAAUUGGUUUGACUAGGACUACAGUCUCAAUUAGAAUUGACAAAAAUAUUUAUGCAUAAGUGACCAACCAUUUUAAAGACGGUUUAUUUUAAAGACCCAAAACUCACUCUCUCGCUUUCCCAGAAUCGCUUCAUCCAAUUCAGGGUCGUGGGAAGUCAGAGCAUAUCCUGAUGGGUGCUAGGCGGUAUACACCCAGGACAGUACGUUAGUCCAUCACAGGGCACACACUCACACACACUGGCGAACAACUUACCGCAGCCAAUCCAACUAAACAGCACGUCUUUGGAUGGUGGGAGGAAACCAGAGCAGCUGGCGGAAACCCACACGGACACGAGGAGAACGUGCAAACUCCACACUCAAGGUCAGGAUCAAACCUCAGUCCCUGGAGUUGUGAGGCAGCAGUGUUAACCACUGCACCUUAAUGCCACCCAACAACCCAAACUGCACAAUAGAAUAAAAUAACACAAUGUGAAAGAAAGAUGUGUUACUCAGAAUAUAAAAGAGUGCCAAAGCUUUUUUCUGCCUCCUAUGUUGUUAAUGUUCUCCCAUCCCCAUCUCUCCUAUUGGCAUUGACUCCUUGUUGGGGUAAGGUUCCAUAGGCAGUAACUGUCCUUGAGUCCCCCCCCAAAUUGCAUUAUUUAUCUCUGAAUCAUCUGGCUAAAUGAUUGGGUACCAAAUCCAAGCCCAAUGGCUAGACAUGCAUUCCAGCAGAGAAAUCACUGGAUAGUGAUCAAAAGUGGCAAUCCUAACUAAUUUUAGUUACGUCAAACAAGCUCCUACACCCAUCCCAGCUAAGAUCAAUUAAACAGCACAGACUGGAGAUCAAACAUGGUGCCUUUCUGGCCUGCAUGGCUCAGGUAAUCAAGAGAAUAGAGUUGAACCAUCAGGGGUUCCACGUAGAUUUUGGUCACUGAAUAUGUUUCUCUGACUUCACUGUACUGUCAAAGAAAUGAAAUUUCAUUGUGUUGUAAUGGGCCAGCAUUGGAUGUUCUGUUCUCCAAAACCAUUCUUUUGUGCUACUUUUCAAACCCAGUUUUCAUUUUCCCUUGAGAUAGGAAUGAAUCCCAUUAUUUUCUAUGCAAACAGCUGCUGGUUUAUCUACAUUGUCUCCUUUCCAGUUGCUUCUGGCAUUGACAGGAUGCCACGCUCAAGUGUUUCAACAUUGCCAAAUGUGCACCCCUUCAGACAACAGAACACAUUGCAUAUCCAAUCAGCUAUAGUCAAGUCUUAAUAGUAUCAUUGAAUGCCCUUCCAUACAGAAAUGUGAAUCGUAAUCUAACAAGGCCUUCUUGGUUUGUCAUGGCUUCACAUUUUCAUAGACAGCUAUGUAAUGUCAUUGCUCAAACGGGGUAAACAUGGCAUUAUGCCCCAUCAGAUUUUACAUUCAUUGCUUUGCGAAUGGAGUAAGUCAUCCCCAAAAAACAUACAGUUUUAUUGACGCUACAUUUGUGUGCAGUGCAGCCCACAAACAGCGUUCUUACAGUGAAAAAAUGGGAAGCAACUCCUCCAAUACCUUUGAGGCCUGUGCAAGUUUGGAUCCUUAAUGUACAGUGAACUGAGCUUAAGUUACACGAGAGUUGAGAAAGCCUGAAAACGCAAAGACAACCAGUGCUUUUAAAUGAAAGUUUGUCAAAAUUUCAUGAAGAAGCCUACUUUUUCUGGAACAGAGAGCGAGGAAGAGGUUAUGCUUGGGGUUGGAACAGGCCCUGUCUGCUAAGGGAUUAAUGGUUGUCGUACCAUUAGGAAACCUGUAAUGAAUAUAAAAAUACACCUUUGUGUUGUUCUGUCCCUUUAAUUCAAAUGCUGUGAAGCCAGCAUGAACUUGAGUUCAAUAGAAAGUAGAUCCCCUUGCAGCUGUAUCUGUCUAUAAACCCAUAAGACAUGUUGUAAUCUCUUUAUCAGGUCAGAUCUGGUGCGCUACAGUCAUUUGAUUAAGAUUUCCAUACCUUAAUGAAUGUAAAACUUUCAACUGUGCUGUAAAGGUUUGUGAAAAUUGCAAUGUGAGGAUAUGUGUAUAGUGUAUUGUACAGUGUAUUUUCAUUAAUAAAUUGUUUUAAAUAAUAUACCU